AUACGGGUGUGUGCAUCAUAAAUGUGUGCAUGCACGCAUAACCGUAUACCACGCACGUGAAUACCCGACUACUGUGAAAACCCAAAUCGGAAGGUCGAGUGCAGUGUCUUGACUGUUUUGCGCUGUAUCCUGAUGAUAUAAACGCCUAAAAUUAUGGAUUCUGCACCUCCAGUAGAUACAGUGGCAGCUGCCAUCCAUGCAUUGUAUCACAAUCCAGAUGCAGCAGAAAAAGAGAGGGCCUCUAUGUGGUUGCAAGAAUUUCAGAGAUCGUUGUUUUCAUGGGAGAUCUCAGAUCAGUUACUGCAGCUGAAGAGAGACGUUGAAACCUGCUACUUCGCUGCCCAGACUAUGAGAACCAAGAUCCAGUAUUCAUUUCACGAGUUGCCGAUGGAAUCUCACGAGAAUUUGAGAGACUCGUUGAUCAAUCAUCUUCAGAUGAUGAGUGACCCCAAGUUCCACGUGAUCACCACGCAACUCUGUCUUGCACUGGCUGACUUAGCUUUACAGAUGACGCAGUGGAAAAACUCAGCGUCGUUUCUCAUUCACAGGUUCUACAGCUCCAACGCAACACACAUUCCCCUACUGAUUGAGCUUCUGACGGUGUUACCCGAAGAAGUCGACAGCCAUUCACUAAGACUGGGUCUCAACAGAAGAGAAGAGUUCAGGGGAGAGCUUGGCGAGGCUGCCGGCACUGUCAUUGAUCUACUGACUGCAUGUUCAGAGAAUUACCUCAACGACCAGAGAUUACUUGGGAAGAUCUUCAAGUGUCUAGCGAGUUGGUUUUACAUCCGAGUGUGUCCUAGUGAGGAGAUGUCCCAGAGCAAGAUAAUAACACUACUCUUUGAAAUACUGAAAAAGCCAGACACACCCUCGAUGCUUCACGAGGCAACAAGCGACUGUCUAUGUGCCGCCCUCUAUAGUAUGGAGGAUGUAGAGGAGCAUCUGCCGCUAGCAAAGGUCCUCUAUCAAGGGAUCAACCUACUUCCGGAGGCAUACACAAUGGCGGUUGCAGAUGACGAUGUCGACAAGUGCAUCAAUUACUGUAGAAUAUUCACUGAGCUAGCAGAAGCUUUCAUGGAAAUGAUGGUCGAGAGUCCAAACCAGGGAUUCGGUGACCUACGCACCCUGGACGCUGUGUUGACCUGCGUCGGCCACCCGCAGAGUGAGGUCGCGGAGAUCACGUUUAAUUUCUGGUACCGCCUCUCGGAGAUUAUCUACAAGAGAGAUAGCAGGGAGCUUACUGACCUGUACAGACCUCACAUAGAGAGGCUUAUACACUCGCUAAGUGUGCAUUGUCAAAUAGACUCAGAUCAUGAAGGAAUCCCCGAUGAAUCAGAUGACUUUGGUGACUUCAGAGUGAGAGUUUCAGAACUAAUCAAAGAUGUCAUCUUCAUAGUGGGUUCUUCCUCCUGUUUUGCACAAAUGUUUCACAAUCUGGCCAGCCAGCAAGGUGCAUCCUGGGAAGUGACGGAGGCUGCCCUCUUCAUCAUGAGUUCGGUCGCGAAGAACGUCCUCCCAGAUGAAACAACAGUAGUCCCUCAAGUAAUGCAAGCCAUCAUCAGCCUUCCAGAAGGAACACAUAAAGCAGUCCGGUACACGAGCACAAGGAUUCUAGGAGAGCUUGCAGAAUGGAUCGAGAAACAUCCUGACUAUCUCGAUCCUGUGCUGAACUUUCUUAUGACUGGUCUUCGGGAUGAGGAUCUAGCUUCAGUUUCCGGCCAGUCGAUACAGAGUAUCUGCUCACAGUGUCAGGACCACUUACAGGGGCAUUUAGAGUGUCUCCUGAAUAUAGCCCAGGCCGUCGAUGCCUUCAAUCUGACGGGAGACUCGGCAUUAGGAAUCAUAAAGGGUACAGCCUUGGUGCUUACUAGGAUGCCCUUAGACAAGGUUCAAGAUGGUCUAAAGAGAUUAGUCUUGGUCCAAGUAACGUCUCUAUCACAGAUCGUGAAAGGUGAGACGUCAACCAAACAAGGCUCAUCGACUGACCCAGUGAUCUGGCUUGAUAGGCUAGCAGCUAUAUUCAGACACACCAACCCCCGCAUCACCAAUGGUCAAGUCCACCCUUGCCUUGUUGUCCUCCAAGAGAUCUGGCCCGUCUUGUCUGAGACGUGCACCAAGUACCAGGCGGACAUCAGGGUCAUCGAGAGAUACUGCAGGUGCCUUCGGUUUGCCAUCCGCUGCAUAGGCAAAUCGGCCGCUGCGUUACUCACGCCGCUGGUCACACAGAUGGUCGGUUUCUACCAGAGUCAUAUGCACUCGUGUUACCUCUACUUGGGCAGUAUAUUAGUGGACGAGUACGGGCAAGAACCUGCCUGUGUUCCAGUACUUAUAGAUAUGUUACAGGCAUUUAUGGGACCAACGUACACCAUUCUCCAAGAACCAUUGGGUCUGCGCAGUCACCCAGACACAGUGGAUGAUUUCUUCAGGUUAUGUACAAGGUUACUCCAGAGAUGUCCCCUAGCUAUCCUUCAGUCCCCAGCUAUGCAGUCUAUACUACCAUGUGCCAUUGCAGCUGUUACACUAGAUCACAGAGAGGCCAACGCUUCAGUCAUGAAAUUCUUCACGGAAGUCAUCCAGUGCGGAAAGGAAAGAUGGGAAUCAGAAGACUACGAACAGAGAAAAGCUGCUGUGAACGCCAUUUUCCAGGAGUAUGGCGAAGCCUUGAUGAAAGCUAUAAUGGAAGCGUGUUCGUUCUACCUACCAGCCUACCGUAUGCCGGAUCACGGCGAAGUUAUCUUCCAUUUGCUGGAGUACGAUAGAGAGAGCUUAUCAAAAUGGCUGGAGGCGGCUCUGAAGACUCUACCAACGGAAACGGCAGGUCGCAUCACGGCGACAGCAAAACAACUUAGUGAUUUCCAUAAGAAUAUUUGCAGUGCUGAUGAGGAGAAAAACGUCUGCUACGCCCUGCGUGAUUUCACCCGCCUCUACAGAUAGCCAACGCGUCGUCAUUGUCCGGGGACACCUUAAGCAAUGAGAUGAUUUUUUUUAACUGUUCUUUUUAAAGCAACAUUUUCUUAAAUUUUAUGGCAAGUUAUAUCGUGAACUUUUUAUGCCU